AUGUUGGCACACGUGCAUCCAGCCAAGAAGCGACGACGUGUAUAUUUCCAUCGGCAGGUGUUUUAUUUUAAUGUGAGGAAUAGUUGCCUUCGUCAGGAUGAUUGCAUUUUAUUUUGUUCUUCAUUUCUUUUGCAUCAUUUGUUCGUUUUAUUUUUUAUUUUUCAUUCUUUGAUCCUUUGUUUAUUUUUAUUUUUGCACUUUUUCUUCCGCUUCCUUCUUGCAUUGUCUGUCUGUCUUUCUUUUUUUGUCAUUUUUUUUUUUAUCUUUCUUUCGCUGUCUAUUUUUAUUUUUGCACAUUUUCUUUCCUGUUUUCAUUUUUGCAUUUUCUUUCUUUCUUUGUCUUUUUUUCUUUUUUUCUUUCUUUCUUUCCAUUUUCCUUUUUCAUUUUCUUUCUUUCUUUUUUCUUUCCAUCUCUUCCUCUCAGCUUUCACUUUUUCUCUCUGUUUACAAUUUUGCCUGUCUUUUUUUUCCAGUUUUCUUUUUUGCAUUUUCUUUCUUUCUUUCUUUCUUUCUUUCUUUCUUUCUUUCUUUCUUUCAGUCUUUUUUCUUUCUUUCCGUUUUUCCUAUUUGCAUUUUCUUUCGUCCUUUCUUUCAUCUGUCAUUUUGUCUUCCUGUUUCUGUCCGUCUUUUGUUUCGCCAUUUCAGUUUUUGUUUUUGCAUUUUUCUUUCUUUCUUUCUUUCUUUCUUUCUUACAGUUUUUUCUUUUUGCAUUUUCUUCCUUUUAUUCUUUGUCUAUUUUUAUCUUUAUUUUUACUUCUUCCUGUUUUCAUUUUUGCACGUCUUUUCUUUCUUUCUUUCUUUCUUUCUUUCUUUCUCUUUUCUCAUCCUUUGCACAAUUUUCAUUUUUAUUUCUAUUACGUCACCCAUACUUUUGUUCUUUCACGCACUACACAUCUGCCGCUCGAUUCUGAACAUUUUUUGAAAAUUGACUUUGUGGAAGAAGAAGUUUUUAGACAAACACCAACGCUCAGCAUUGCGAGUCUUUCUGUAGUAUCUCUUUCGAGAGAAACAAUUCCAAAGAACGAAGAAAAAGAAGGAAAAGAUUUUGUCAUCCCCAAAAAACUUAAUCUAAGUUCCAGAUUAGCAGGGCUUCUUAAAGGAGGAGAUACAGCGACACUAUCGAAAAGAGACUACCUAAUGGUCCUGGCCACGUUUUUUAUCGCAUUAAUAGCCAAAGGUAAUUCGGCAGGGUUGUCUGUUUUGACGGUGGAAUGGCUUCAGCAAUUCGACAAAUCAAAAGCGCUCAUCCUUUAUGUCCCGGCUUUAAACUUCGCCAUUACAAGUGCUGCUGGUAAGUCACAGCACUCCCCCCCCUCUCUCUCUCUAUCUAUCUAUCUAUCCAUCUAUCUAUCUAUGUAUCUGUUCACUUUUCUAUCUCAGUGUUUGUUUUCAUCUAUCUAUCUAUCUAUCUAUCUAUCUAUCUAUCUAUCUAUCUAUCUAUCUAUCUAUCUAUCUGUUAACAUUUCUAUCUCCGUGUUAUUUUUUCUUUCUAUCUAUCUAUCUAUCUAUCUAUCUAUCUAUCUAUCUAUCUAUCUAUCUAUCUAUCUAUCUCAGUCUCUUCGCAUCUAUCAAUUCAAUAUCUUUUGUAUCUAUCUAUCUAUCUAUCUAUUAACAUUUCUAUCUCUGUGUUUGUUUUCAUUUAUCUAUCUAUCUAUCUAUCUAUCUAUCUAUCUAUCUAUCUCAAUCUGUUCAUAUCUAUCUAUCUAUCUAUCUAUCUAUCUAUCUAUCUAUCUAUCUAAGUCUGUUUCUAUCUAUCUAUCUAUCUAUCUAUCUAUCUAUCUAUCUAUCUAUCUAUCUAUCUAUCUCAAUCUGUUCAUAUCUAUCUAUCUAUCUAUCUAUCUAUCUAUCUAUCUAUCUAUCUAUCUCAGUCUGUUUCUAUCUAUCUAUCUAUCUAUCUAUCUAUCUAUCCAUCUAUCUAUCUAUCUAUCUAUCUAUCUAUCUAUCUAUCUAUCUAUCUCAGUCUGUUUCUAUCUAUCUAUCUAUCUAUCUAUCUAUCUAUCUAUCUAUAAUAUCCAUUUUUCAACAGCUAUUCAUUUCUUCUCCCUUGAUUCACUCUUUGCAGGAAUCAUUGAUGGAAUGUUGAUCAACAGAUUUGGAAUUUUCCGCAUUAUUCUUCUAGGCUGUUUCUUGCAGGUUUUCUGCAUGAUAGCAUCUUCUUUUAGCACCAAUGCCAUCACCUUAGUCAUUGUUCUUGGCUUCUUCGCAGGUCUGGGUAAUUGUUUUUUGUUUGUCAACGCUUUCAUCUUCAUCGGUGUCCAUUUUGGGGAAGUUGCGAAACCAAUCAUCGCUUUUAUCUCUGUGGCUGGUCCCAUUGGCGGCCUCAUAUUCCCCAAUCUGAUUGCUAUCAUUAUCGAACUUUAUGGAUGGCGGGGUUGCAUGUUUAUAUUAGCUGGAAUCAAUUUGCAGGUCGUCCCUUUGGGAAUAUUCCUAACUUUCGCGCAGAAGGAAGCAAAGAUCACGCAAAAUUCAGAAGUGGAAGCCAAAAGAAACCCCGAAGCAUCGCAGAAACUUCUCGACCUCAGCGUACUAAAGAAUUUCCUUUUUGUCAUGUAUAUCUUCAGUGUAGGCAUCACUGUUGGUGGCAUCAAUACAGUUUUCAGCAUGCUGCCAGAUUUCCUCUACGAGAAGGGUCUCGACUUGAAAGGAGCCGCCAAACUAUAUGCUUUGUAUUACAUCCUAUCGGCAGUGCCCAGAAUUUUAAUCGGAAUUGCAAUAAAGUAUACAAAAGUAAAUUUCAUUCAUAUUUACAUCACAAUGGCCUCACUUUUCGGGUUGACUAUGGCCCUCAUGAAUCUCGCAGAGACAUACGUCAUCCUCUUAGUCUGCUGUAUAUUACUGGCACUCUGGAUGGGUUGUCCUGCUGGACUGUAUACUAUUGGUAUCAUGGAACUUGUUGGACCUGAGAAACACAGUUCAGGACAGAGUAUUGUAGAAACUUCAUAUGGAUUAACUACAGCCUUAUUUGGAUUUUUAACAGGUUUGUUGGUCGAGUACACGAAUUCUUAUCGACAGCCGUUCUAUAUUUAUGGUACGACGAUUGUAUUGAUUAAUAUUGCCUUAUUGAUCGCGACUUCCGCUCAACAACUCAGAGUAAAGCUUGGCUUCUUCCGAUUGGUCAACAAAUAA